AUGGUGGCUCUGGCGCCAGUGGCGGUGGCCGUGUGUAACAAGCCCAAUUACAAGCCGGUCACGCCCGUGAAUGCCGGGACCGCCAGCGCAGCGGUGAUUGUGGGCGCCAUGGCAGCGCUCAAUGGCGAUGCCGAGCUGGAUGUGGUGGUGGCAGGCGGCGGAGUCGGAGGUCCGUACGCGGUCGAGGCCAUGUUUGCGGCUGCCGAUCUGACGCUGACCAGCGGAGGGACCAUCGGCUCGGUCGCCAAUCUUUCGCUGGCGUUGGUGGCGGCGGACUUGCUAGCGUCGUCAUCGGCGGAUGAUGUUGUGGUGGUGACCGACGCGGGGCAUGCGGUAGUGCUGGAGAAUAGCGAUGGGACCGGCGGCGCCUUUGUGCAGCACGCUAGUCAUGCGGCCGCAGAGGAAGGCCAGACGGAUCUGGUGGGCGUGGCCAGCGGCGAUUUCGUGGGUAACGGUCGCGAGCAGUUGCUGGUGUGCUUCUCGGGGGGAUUGUCAUCAACUAUGACGGUGCUAGUUCCCGACUCUGCGGCAGCAUCUCGGCUUGUCGGCCACGUGGUCGACCCGACUGGCAACCUUGUGCAGGCAUGUGGCGCUGGCGAUGUCAAUGGCGAUGGUAUGACGGACGUAGUGGUCCUGUUGCCAUCCCGCGACAUCCGGGUCUGGCCGUCUAUUGGCGGCGGGGAGUUUGAGGCAAGCAUUUUUCAAGCCGCGGCUCCCUCCUUUGGCGGCUCUGUACAGGUGACUGUGUGCGACUUUGAAGGCGACGGCUUUGCUGACGUCCUGAUCAGCAAGUACAACCAAGCUUCUAUAUUUAGCAACAUUGGCGGCCGCUUGGCAGACACGCGAGUGUCGUCCGUCCACGGCUUGCUCUCGAGUCUAUCCGAGGUGGCUGUUGGCGACAUCAACGCAGACGGAUCGCUGGACGUGCUGAUGGUGACGACAAGCGAAGUGUAUGUGGCGCCCAACUCGGGUCUGGGCUCGUUUGGCCAGGGCGAGCACCUGGUCAUGAGCGUGGCGUCCGGCUUGCUGCUACGUGCCCGGAUUGGACGCGAUGCGACGAGGGUAUAUCUUGCGUCGGGCGCCGCCAUCAAGGCCGUACCGAUCGGGCAGGUCUCAGCCGGCAUCGCGCCGUGGGGAGAGCGAAUUAGCCUCAGUGAUCUGCCGUCGACGUCUGGAUCGGCGGCACCGAUGACUGUGGAGGUGGCCGAUGUGAACAGGGAUGGUAUCAACGACGCCGUGACGGGCAACGCUGCUGGUGUGCAGGUUUAUCUUGGGCGUGGAAGUGCCAGCUUUGUGUUGAGCCAAGUGGUACGGUCCAGCUUUCCCGUUGCUCUGCAGGUCGUUGAUGUGACUGGGGAUGGGUACGCGGACAUCCUUGUCAGGGUCACAUCACUGGUUGAGCUGUAUAUCAACGAUGGCCAAGGUCGGUUCCCAUCUUCGUUCCGCUCGCUUCCCUGCCCAAACGUCCAAGCCAUGUUCAGCUUUGACGUGGACGGCAACGGGAUUAGCGACGUUGUGUGUGUUGCAACGCAGCAGGUUACUUGGUUGGAAUCUCGUCCAGGCUUUGGCCCAGUCACGACGCCUUCUGCGCUGCUCACGUUCCCAUCCACCAUGGGUGCUCAGGGUAUGCGGGCUCGCGACUUGAACGGCGACGGCUGGGCAGAUAUUGUUGGAAGGAGCGCGGGGUCGCUUGUUGUUGCGCUGGCGACUGGGCCGGGCGAGUUUGGGGCACCGACAACGCUGUCUUCCACGUCUGCAUGUGCCCAAGCGAUGGAGGUGCUGCACAUCAACCAACUUGUGGACAACCAUUUAGACAUGAUUUGUGUCAGCUCCAGUGCCACUGAUCUGGUGUACUUUCUGGGUGAUGGAGCUGGAGGCAUGGUGUACGGCGGGAAUAUCGGGACGGCAACGCUGAGCAAGUUCACCAUUCAAUGGUCGCUGGCUGCGGACAUGGAUGGAGACGGGCUGGCUGAUUUUGCAGUUUUGGAUAGGGAUGUUGGGGCGACGGCAUGCAAGCUCUGGCGGGUUCUGUUUGAUGGUCUUGGUGGUUUCACCAUCGACAUGUUAAGUCAUACUUACAUCCACGGCGCUUUCGCCGGCGACGUCACCAACGACGGCAUCAGUGAUAUGAUGCUUGUUCUGGGGCCCACUCCUGCCAACGGCGGGACGAGUGCCACUUACAGCGGCUCGUGGUAUGUGCUUGCUGGCCAGGCAGCAGUCAAGAUGACCAACCCACGACUGGUUACCGUCCCUGUCUCGACAAACCCCAUUUCAAUCGCGCCGACGCUGGGCGGUUUGACGGCGGGGCCGACUUGUUGGGCGGCUGUGGUCGAGAUUUCGGCUGUGGUGCAUGGGUGCACUCGGAUUGGCGGGCAGUACGUCGAGAAGGAGCAAGAGCUGAUCAUCCGCCCGGCGGGCGGAGGUAGCACAGCCACCAUCGACUGUGGCGGCGGCGGCGGCGGCGCGCUGCUGGAGAACUACGGACGGACUGCAGCCGGCGUGGUGACAGCCGGCGAGAGUCGGCUCAUGCUGCGCGAUGUGGUUGUCGCCAACUGCUCUUCGAUGACCUCAAGCGGGGUCCAGAGUCUCUCGGGGCUCGGCGGCGCGAUCUCAGUCCGCGACGCAGCGAUUCUACAGACGCUUGACACUCGCUUGGAGGGCAACACGGCGCGCGUCGCGGGUGGCGCGGUGGCGGUGACUGGCAACACCGCCGAGGCGUGGCUCAUCCGGACGACGCUGACUCGCAAUGUGGCGUCAGGCUCGUUUGAGAUCCAGGGCGGUGGCGGCGCCAUCGCGCUUCUCGGCAUGUCGGGGCAGAUGACGCUGUCCGAGAGUGUAAUGAGCAACAACGUUGCUGUUGCGAGUGGCGGCGGAGCGUUUGCGAUGCCCUCGACGCGCGAGUCGGACGACGACCCGCUGCCACAGAUCGAGAUUGUGGCGUCGACGGUGUCGGGCAAUACGGCCGGCGCCGGCGGGUGCCUGGCGUGUCUCGGAUGUUCGCCAGGCACGAUGGUGCUCGGCAGCGGUGCGGUGGUGACCGAGUGCCGGGCGGCGUUUGGCGGAUGCGUGUCUACGGUUGAUGCUGUGAGCUACGUGAUGCCGGUGGCCGACGCGAGCGUGGCUCGCUCAGCGUCUGCAGGCAUGCUGCGAGGCGUGGCGCUGCCCCCGCCCCCGCCGCCAGGAGCGUACGCAGUGCUGACGUCCAAGACCGGCGCGCAGAUUGGGCGAUGCUCGGCUGACUACGGCGGACUCUCGUUUGCGUGUGGGGCGGGUAUUGAGCUGACCGCGGCGAGCGUGGCAGGCGGCAACGUGGCUGGCGUUGGCGGCGGCCUGCAGUUCACGUGUCCGCUUGAGAGCGGCGCGGCGCCUCCGCUGGCAUCGAGCUACACGUGGUUGGCGCUGCCAGCAAGCGUGGCAGCUGAUCCAGCGAGCGUGGCAAGUGUUGGAGGCAACGGGUAUGGACUGCUUCGCGCCACGCCGCCGGUGCGAAUGGCACAAGAGGUCGCGAGUGGUAGGCUCACUUCUGGAGUGCCGGCGACGGCAGGCGAGUUUGUCAUGUUGGAUGCGCUCGGCAACCGGGUGAAGGACGACUCGAUUGCGGGCAGUGUGGCGGCGGCGAGUGCGAGCUCUGCACUGGUCCAGGGCUUUGAGCUCGGGAUCAAGCCGAGCGUGGCGGGUACACUCUCGGUCCGCGGCAUGGUGGUCUCUGUGGCUACUGCCGCGGUGGCGGCCGGCCCGACACCGGUGACACUCGAGCUCAAGCCGGACGUGUUGUAUGAUGGCGUGACGACGUUGUCGGUGGACAUCGAGGUCGGCAGCUGCCCGAUCGGGUUCGGCGCGCUGGUGAGCGAAGAGGAUGGCAUACUGCGGUGCGGCAAGUGUGGCGAGGGCACGUUCUCGAACGACGAGUCGACCGCGCCGUGCGAUGUUAUUCCGGCGUGCCCGAAGAAUUCGGUUCGUGUGGAUGUGGCGGCCAACUCGACGACAGGAGGGGUGGUAACUGGCGAGGCGCUACCGUGUCUCUGCCUACCCGGUUACUGGCGGCCGGACAAUGUGUCGUUUGCCGAGCCGUGCAUCGAGUGCCCGCCGGGCGGGGUGUGCCGUGGCGGACACGAGGCGCCGAUUGCGGCAAGCGACUUCUUUCCGAUCCGGCCAGGCUCGACCAACUUUGUGCGGUGUCUGCGGCCGGAGGUGUGCGUGGGCAACGGUUUGUGCUCGACUGGCUCGACAGGGUACAUGUGUUCGGCAUGCGCCGAGACAUACUACACCGGGCCGACGGGCGAGUGCCUGGCGUGCCCGGGUGGAAGUGAUUAUGCGUUCUCGGGCGUGGCCUUUGUGCUCUUGUCGGUCUCUGUUCUCAUCGGCGUAGUCAUUGCGCUCAAGAUGAACGCCAACGUGACUGGGCUGCGUGUGCGGAUGCUGCCAGCGACGCUCGCGAUGACGCUUGUGGCCUUCCAGGUUGUGGGCGUGUUUUCGGAGGCUUCGUUUGCGUGGACUCGUGCGUCGCAGCAGGUGCUCUCCGUCUUUGCGUUCUCCAACGUGGACACGACAGUGUUUGCCACCGAGUGCGAAGUCAGGAGCUGGCAUGCGCGGUAUCUGACGACGCUGGGCAUUUUCGCGACGUUUUUGCUCGCACCGACGGUGGUGGUUGUGAUGAUCAAGGCGACGGUGGGCGAUCUGUACGCGCGGUUUGUAACGCUCAACAACAUGAGCUACUCGGCGGCGGUCCAGUCUGUGCUCAACACGCUUGCACCGCUGGUGUACAUUCCUGUUGCGCGCAACGCGCUCAUGCUCUUUGACUGCAUCGAGCUGCCGUCGGGCGACGUGGUGCUUGACGCGGAUCCGGGUGUGGCGUGUUUGGACGCGGCGUGGUGGUCGUCGCUGCCGUUUGGCGUGGCCUUUGUCAUCGUCUUUGUGUUUGGCUUUCCGUUUUUGGGAUGGGUGUGGCUGUAUCUCUCGUCGUACCAGCUGCGAGAGAACUCGACGUACCUCCGGCUGGGGACAUUAUAUCGUCUCUACCGGCUGCCGUACUACUGGGUCGGCAUCGCCGAGCUGUGCCGGCGGCUGAUCCUGGUCAUUGUCACGCUGUUUUUCUCGUCUCUCCCGCUUGGGCAGUUUGCGCUGCUUGUGGUGGUCUUUGUGGGCUCGCUCGGCUUUGUGGCCUCGAACCGGCCGUUUUACUUUCCGCUGUACGAUGAGACCGAGGUGCGCAUUUCUGCAGCGCUCCUCUCGCUGCUUUUUAUGGGCAUGGCGUCUUACGCGGAGCGGUCGACGAGCGGCGGCUCGGAGACGUUUCUUUACGUGGGCACCCUCAUCUGCCUCGGCGUCCUUGUUGCCGUCUGUGCCAACGCUGUCAUCCGCGACAUCAGCCAGAUCUACCGCGAGCGCUCGUCGAGUUCGACGUACACCACUUCGUCUGUGCGGCUUGAUAGGCUGCUGGAGAUGGUGGACAAGGAAGCUGUGGAUACAGACCCAAAGGCGCUCCAGGAUCGCCUCGUGGCGCGGCUGAAGUCGGUGCCCGGAACCAGCAGCGGUGCGUUUGUGCCUGCUGUGCCUGCUGCGGGGCAAGACUCAGGCUCGGGAUUGGGCCUAGCCUCGGUCCACGGGCAUUCGGGAUCUUCAUCAACCUCGUCACUUGGAUCCGAGUACGUGUAGCGAUGCAGCCCAUUUAUGAAAAGAAGAGAAUGAUGGA